AUGUGUGAUCGGAUGGGUGUUAUAAACAGAUUGCAAUCAGUAAUGUCUGCAAUUCAGGGCUGUGGCGGCUGUCGACCAGCGCCGUGUUGUCAUCCGUGCAGGCCCUGCUGCGGCGGUGGAUCCCUCGUCACAGUAUACAAUGCUGUACUAGCGCUGGGCCAGCCGCCAAGACCUAUUGCAGCAUUCGACAAAGCAGUCAUUGAAAUUCGUUAA